UAUAAUAUAAUGUUACAAGCAUUGAUGACAUUGUGCCUCCUAGGCACUCCCGUCUAUGCAUUUCAAACUGCCAUAGAUGCCAAUCCACAAGCUCCACCGCCACCGCCACCCACACCCACUUUGACAGGCCUCAAAUUCGCAUUGACCUGGCCUAAUGGCUACUGUCAAACGAAGGCCUGUAUACCUAAUAAAAUUGUUCAACACUUCACCAUUCACGGCCUUUGGCCGCACGAUCAAUCAUGGACCAGCCUACCACCGGUUAAAGGGCUCCCGCCGUUGAAUGAUAAAAUUAUUGAUGCAAAAUUGCGGAGCCAAUUGGUGAAGGAUUGGCCGGGUUUGGAGCAGCAAGAUGAUAGCCUCUUCUGGGCUCAUGAGCGGACAAAACAUGGAGGAUUCUUGGAUCAAAACGCUUACCUGCGAAAGGGACUCGCCCUACACGGUGCACAUAACCUGAAAACUAUUUUAGCAACUGCCAAGGUAGUUCCUGGCGCAAAGCCUCAACCUGCUGCAACCAUCCGGAAUGCACUUAAAACAGCAUUAGGUAAUAAAGAUAUCAUACUCAUAUGCCUUAAUACUUAUCUUAUUGAGAUAAGAAUUUGUUAUGACCAAUUAGGGAUGAAUAUAGUGCGUUGUAAUACUUCUGAAGACAAGUGUAUCGGUAAUAUUAUUUAUUUGUGAUAAGUCAAAUAAAUAAAUAAAAGUAUUAUUUA